GCGGCCCUCCACCGCCUGGCCAGCUGCCCCCGAGGCCCCUGCAACAGCCGCUUGAAAACAACCGCCCUGCGACGGGGGUGUAUGCCGCGGGCAGCCAUCUGCUGAGGACGCACGUGCAGAGCGCCGGCAGCUAACGGCCAUGGGGAGGGGAGCGGCGCUGUGGGCAGUGGCCAUCCUGGCACUGCUGGCUUGCCCAGCUGCAGCAAAGGAUCGCAAAUACAAGCAGGGCCAGGAGGUCUCCAUCUGGGCCAACAAGGUUGGACCAUUUGCCAACCCCACCGAGACGUACCAGUACUUCAACCUGCCCUUCUGCCACCCCAAGGAGGGCAAGGAGUACAAGACGGAGGGCCUGGGGGAAGUGCUGGAGGGAGACCGCCUCGUCAGCACGCCCUACAAGCUCAAGUUCAAGGAGGACAAGGAGAAUGCCGUGCUGUGCACUCAGAACCUGGACAGCGACGACCUGGACCAGUUCCGGGACGCCGUGGCCGAGGACUACUACUUCCAGAUGUUCAUCGACAGCCUGCCCAUCUGGGGCUUCAUCGGCAAGGUGGAGAAGCUGCCCGGGGGCGAGGAGGGCAAGGAGGGUGAGGGGGAGGAGGGGCGGGAGAAGCUGAGCCUGUUCACGCACAUCCACUUUGAUGUGCUGUACAACAAGGACCGAGUCAUCCAGGUGGACAUCUCCACAGACCCCUCCAAGACUGUGGACAUCACCAGCGCCGACAAGGCGGAGGUUGAGUUCACGUACAGUGUGAGCUGGAAGGAGACAGACAUUGCGUACGAGCGGCGCAUGGACAAGUACGCCAAGUACUCCUUCCUGCCGCAGCACCUGGAGAUCCACUGGUUCUCCAUCGUCAACAGCUGCGUCACGGUGCUGCUGCUGACCGGCUUCCUGGCCACCAUCCUCAUGCGCGUGCUCAAGAACGACUUCAUCAAGUACACAAACGUGCGGGACGACGAGGCGCUGGAGGAUGCGGAGGAGACGGGGUGGAAGCUGGUGCACGGCGACGUCUUCCGCUUCCCGCCCCACCUCAACCUGUUUUGCGCGGUGGUGGGCACGGGCACCCAGAUCCUGGUCAUGGCGCUGCUCAUCUUUGGCAUGUCCCUGCUGGGCACCUACUACCCCUACAACGGCGGCGCCAUGCUCACCUCGGUGGUCGUCUUCUACGCGCUCACGGCGGGCAUCGCGGGAUACGUUUCGGCGGCGCUGUAUAAGAUCAUGGGGGGCACCAACUGGGUGCGCAACGUGCUGACCACCACGCUGCUGUUCUGCGGCCCCCUGCUGGCCAUGUUCUCCUACCUCAACACCGUGGCCUGGGUGUACGGCACCACGGCGGCGCUGCCCUUUGGCACCAUCGUCAUCAUCGUCGUCAUCUGGGCCCUCGUCACCUUCCCGCUCACCGUGGUGGGAGGCAUCAUGGGCAAGAACACAAAGGCUGAGUUCAACGCUCCGUGCCGUACUACCAAGUACCCGCGCGAGAUCCCGCCGCUGCCUUGGUACCGCCAGACGGUGCCGCAGAUGCUCAUGGCCGGCUUCCUGCCCUUCUCAGCCAUCUACAUCGAGCUCUACUACAUCUUUGCCAGCGUGUGGGGCCACAAGGUGUACACCAUCUACUCCAUCCUCUUCAUCGUCUUCAUCAUCCUCAUCAUCGUCACCGCCUUCAUCACCAUCGCGCUCACCUACUUCCAGCUGGCGGUGGAGGACCACAGCUGGUGGUGGCGUAGCGUCAUGUGCGGCGGCAGCACGGCACUCUUCAUUUAUGCAUACUGCUUCUACUACUGGUAUGCGCGAUCAGACAUGAACGGCCUGAUGCAGGCCUCCUUCUACUUUGGCUACAUGCUGAUGGUCUGCUACGGCUUCUUCCUGAUGCUGGGGUCUGUGGGCUUCCGCGCCAGCUUGGGCUUUGUGCGGCACAUCUACAAGGCCAUCAAGUGCGAAUGAGCACCACCGAGGCUGGGGCGGCGCACAGCAGCAGGCAUCAGCAGCGGGGGCGUGUGGCUCGCGGCUGCGGCCCCGCAAGAUGGCAGCCUCCCCACCCGCGGCCGGCCUUCGUUUCAUUAUUUUUGGAAGCUACCCCGCUGCAUGCAGCCCUGUUUGCCGGCACGGGUGGUGGUGUGCCCUGUGCCAACGUGCCUCGUCCACCCACAACCUUCUUCUUCCCUCACAGUGUGCGUCUUUUUGCUCUUGCUCCCAGUUUGCAACUUGCAUUUCGC